ACAUAUUUCAAGCGUCUGUUUGGUGUCUGCUUUCUCACCCUGCUGCCCAGAACAGGAAACAAUCGAGGUCUUUGCAUUGCUACUGGGUGUUGAAACCCCUCGGACAGGAGUCUCAGAGUUGCUGUAGUGUGCUCCACAGAGAGCGGCGUGUGUGUUUAAAGAAAGGGCAGCAGAGGAAGUGGGCUCAUCCAUAUGCCCACAGGGGGUAAACAAACACAUGGCUGAGGCACAAGACCCAGAGGCAAAGGUGGAAUGAGUUCCUCAGGGCUCAGCCUGCCAGUGCUAUGGGCAGCAAUAGAUUCCUGGCAAGGGCAGAAAGGCUUUAUCAGGGCUCUUUACCUUGGCACAGGCUCCCUGUGUUUACUGUAACACCCACAGCUGGGAGCGAGAUUUGGACAACGGGAGUAAACAUCCCAAUCGCCUCAGUAUGUGCCUCAGGAAUCUGGAAAGCAGGAGCACAGCCUGGGCCGGAAAGAGCAAGCUCCCGCCCUCGCUCUGCACCGAUUAUGCCCAAGAAGGGCCCUACUCACUGUGUAGUCCCCUGAGUUCCCAGCCCCUUCUCCCCAGACCCCUGGUCAGUCUGAAUAACCAACCUGGCACCUCCCCUUCCCCACAAAUGCACAUGCAAUGUAGUUCCAAACUAGGCACAGGCAGAGAGCAGCCAUGUCUGUUUUUCCCGGGGUCAGCUGCUAAUUAAACAAUCAUUUCCUGCUAUUGUCCUGCAUUCUUAUUCCCUUUCCUUCCAUAAAUCAAGCCCCUGCUGCAGGCUAUUCCAGACUGGAUCACAGAGCAAGGAAUCAGGCCUGCCCAGAUGGAAACACUACGUUGCCCACAUCUGAAUUAUGCCAAGGGUCACUUUCUGCUCUUUCCUGGGAGCUGGAUCAGUCUAGCUGAGUGCACCCGCCAGCCCUAAGUGGGAGGAAUGCUAUGCACCCACAUGAUGCAGCUGUUGCAGAGCGAUGCCUGGAUCCUAGGAGUGGGUUGUCUUACUCCUGCACCCCUCCUGUGUUGCUGCAAUGACCGGAAAGUCCCUGCUCUUAAAAGUCAUUCUCCUGGGGGACGGUGGAGUUGGGAAAAGUUCCCUCAUGAACCGUUACGUCACCAACAAGUUUGACUCGCAGGCUUUCCACACCAUAGGGGUAGAGUUCUUAAACCGCGAUUUGGAAGUGGAUGGACGUUUUGUGACCCUCCAGAUUUGGGACACAGCAGGGCAGGAGCGUUUCAAGAGCCUGCGAACCCCCUUUUACAGAGGAGCAGACUGUUGCCUGCUGACCUUUAGUGUAGAUGACCGUCAGAGCUUCGAGAACUUGGGCAACUGGCAGAAGGAGUUUGUCUAUUAUGCAGAUGUGAAGGACCCUGGCCACUUCCCAUUUGUGGUCCUGGGCAACAAGAUAGACAAACUUGAGAGGCAGGUGACCACAGAAGAGGCCCAAGCAUGGUGUUUAGAAAAUGGGAAUUAUCCUUACCUGGAAACCAGUGCCAAGGAUGACACCAAUGUGGCAGUGGCCUUUGAGGAAGCUGUGCGGCAGGUGCUGGCUGUGGAGGAGCAGCUGGAGCAUUGCAUGUUGGGGAACACUAUUGACCUGCACAGCAGUUCCAAAUCAGGAUCUUCAUGUUGUUAGGAGUCACCUGGGGAUUGUAUCCAGGACUGAUUGUUUAAACAGAACACGUGCAAAUGGCUCUUGGGCAUGCUGAGAUAUGCAGACAGAAAGGACAAUGGGUGGGGUCACUGGCUGUAGGAGUCACAGCCUUUCUGGCUGAAUAACAGUUGGAGUCUAUGGGUGUGAAGAAAAGGAUUUAGGGGAGAGAUCUAGUUAGGUGCAUUUGGAAGUAGUUCUCCACCCUUCCUUCCUUCUUGCUAACAGAUCUAAGGAUAGGGUUAAUCUGAGAGGGUUGCAAAUUAUGGUCUGUGCCAAGAUUUAGCCACAAAAUGAGACUUGCAGAGUGCUAGACAUUCCCCACAUUAUUUUAUUAAUGAACUGAAAAGUACUAAGCCCACUAACCUCUACUGCACCUCAUGACUGUACAUUGCCAAAGUAAGGUUUGAUCAGUUUGCUGCAAAUAAUAAAACCAAAUGGGAAGAUUUCAACCUUUAAUUGGCAUGAGGGUGCCAAGUACAGAAAUGACUGACAUAGUUCUGUUGCUUAGGUUAAUCCCCUGGCAUCCUGCCCUGCCCUAGUCUUUCUGACCCUCUCAAAAGAAACUUGCUAUGUGGUAGAAUGAUGCUAUGAGUGCAUCGCACUGGAAAGUAACAAUAUUCCAAUAAUUUGAAGAACAGGGUAUGAGGGAGUGGAGUAUGUUUGAAUGUUGCAGCCUUAAUUCUAGACAGCUGCCUGCCAUGGUCAGUUUUCUUCCCUUAUGUAACUUUGCUCCAUAUGGAUGUUACUUUCCUAGUGUGAGUAGCCUCCUCCUAGUUUGUGUGUGCCCUUGUUUUUUCUCACUCAUAGUCUCAAUGUCUUACCUGUGAGGAAGGUUUUAGAAUGAAUGUGGAGGACAGUAGACUCUGUGUGAAUCUUUCGUGGGUCUCUGUGCCAUGUAAUUACCAACAGAUCAUGGCCCCAGCCAUAGGCUCCUACACUGUCGAUGGACUGAGUGACAACUCCUAGAAGUGCAGAUGACUGGGCCUGUAAAACCACCCUUUCGUAGGUGCGCUGGUGUAGCGGCCCUGGUUCUGGCUUUGCUUUGUUAGCCCAAGGGUCACUGUCUUAAGCCACUUCAACUCAUCUCCUUUAAUCUGGAUGCUGCAGCUCUGAAUCAAUUAAAUCUGCUCUCUGCAGGACCUAAGAGCAGCCAGGAUACUGGGAGUUAAUUGCUGGUGAGGAGGACAGACCUAACAGGUGUCUCAUUGCACUGUCCUGUUUUCUCCAAAAGGGUGAGGAGUUCAGUGAAUUCUGCAUUUACUGCAGUCUUAGUGAUCUCGUUGAUAGAUUUGAGUGGCAGGGAAGCCAUUUCAGCUAAUUGAAUCUUCCUUACCCGGACGACUGGCUCCAGUCAGUGGGGAGGAGCUCUGGGCAGCCUCAAAAUGGCUGAAAAUCAAAAUUUUGCAGAGAAAACAUAUUACAAAUAAACCCGGGGCUUUGCUAACCCCGGGCCUGUAUGUGGCUACCAGUCUCAAGCUAUCCAUCUGUAGCAUUGGGAUCAGUGCUUGCUUGCUACUAUGUAUUCUGCAGAUUUAUGUUCUGUUUAUCCAAGAUUAUGUUCUGAUGACUCUGUCUGUAACUGUAGAGAGACCUGUCUCGGAGAGAGCUCCCCUGUAGUCAUCUCAGUGGUGAGGAGCGCAGCCAUCAUAGGCGCAGCUGAUCCCAGGUUCCCCUGUGUGAGCCUUGAUGGUAAGUCUCACAGCUCAAAUACAGCAGCUUUGUUAACUUUGUCUGCUGGACAAUGGAAGUUAGUCUCAGUUGCUUCUAGGCUCCUGCUCUGCAGGGGGAGUGUGUAUUUUGCAUUAACACAAGAUAAGUCCCCUCUCUUUGCAGGGCGAUAAUGUGGAAGUGAUGAUAGCUGCAAAGGUACUAUAAGGGUGAGGCCUAAUUUUAGUGAAGUUAGGCACCUGCAACUCCCAUCAACCUAAAUGGGGCAGUGCUUGAUGCUUUUGGAAAAUCAGACCCAUGGUGUUGACCAGGGUGCCCUGCAUCUCUCUAGUUACACUUUGCUUAUACUAUUUUUAUUUAGCAAUCUUGGAUUUCCACAGGCGCCCCCAGAGGUACUAAGGGCCUUGCUUUCAUUGUAAUGGUACUGGAUAAUUGCAGUGGAAAUUCUAUGACUCAAACUCUGUUCCUAUAGUCCUGGUUAAAGAUUUAGUGUAGACAAAUUUGAGAACCAUGUUUAAAAGUUAUUCCAGUUGAGCCAGUUUCUAAGAUGAUCCAGUGUGGAUGGGCUAAAAGGUGUUAGAAUGUUUAUAAAUCAUAGUGAUGGAGCCUAAAUGUAUUUAGUCCAGUUAGGCCAGAUGUUAAGUGAAACCCCUUUCUUUUUGACCAUGCUACUUUUCCAGCCUGGUUAUUGCAUGAUCUGUCUGAGCAUCAACCCUUUCUACAAAAGAGUACAAUUAAUGUGAACAAGCUGUGAUGUGUGAGGGAGAAUGCACAGCAGUGUAUCUUCCUGUGCUUUGGAUGCUUGUUGACGCUUAUGGCUGAAGCUUGAAAACCUUCACCGUAUGUGAACUGUGCAUAUGGGUUUACUAGCUGUCUGUAUAAUCCUAGAGUGUGUUAGUGUCUUUUGUUUAUUUUUAACAAACUAUAUGGUUAAUUUUUUAAAAAGCUGUAUGUAUGUAAACUCCAUUUUUAAAAACAAGUACAGUAUUUUCUGUGUAUUCAUUUAAUUUAUUUUCAACCAAUGCGCGCACACUUCCUGGGAGAGCCAGGAUCAUGAAUUCUUCAUUAAAGGUCGAUUGCCAACUGCUUGUCUUGGCUGGCCCCUCCUUGACACUCUCUGCUGCGAUUGCUGCUGCUAAGAAACUGGGGUUGUAAAACUGAUAGUUUACCUUGAUUUUAACCAAUAAAACAUGGAUAUAUAAAGUGAA